AUGGCUCAAAUCUCUUCUCCGAUGGCUCAGGAUGAAAUUGAAUGGAAUCUAGGCAGGGGGAAAGCUCACAGUUGGCAACCGGGCAUCAAGAAUCCUUACCGGGGCGAGGUGGUAUGGAUGGUGCCAGAAAACGUAGAUAUUAUGGUCACGCUUUACCGGGACCCACACGUGGAAGAAUACGAAGAUAAAGAUUGGACUUUUGUGGUAGAAAAUGAAUCAAAGGGGCAACGUAAAGUCCUCGCCUCGGUCGACGUGAACCUCAAACGCUUCGCCAGCCAGACGCCCAACCAGGUGGACUUAAACCUGAAGCUGAAGCCUAAGUCGGUGAAAGUCGUGGCGGCGUCCCUCAAGCUCACUCUCUCGUGCGUCUUCUUGCACGAGGGAAAAGCCACACACAUCACGGGAUCUGAACCCCUUGGCUGAGGAGGAGGAGGACCCCUCUGGCCGUUCUCCGUCGCCUUCCAAGGCAGGUCGCAAGGAAGCCGUAGCCGCGGUCUCGGAGCCAGCCACGGAGAGCCACGGAAACAUCUCCGGAGGUUCCCUGCAUCCCGAGCCAAAGGCUGCUUCUGUUGCUCCCGACACGCUUGUGUUUGACGGGCCUUUGACGGCUUUGCCACCUUGGGCAUCUCGCGGCUGAUGGACCCGGCAGAUAUGGUCUUCUUGACGGUGCCGGAUCGGUUGAUUGUCAUGACGUACCUUUGCCAGAUACGGGCCUUUUUCACUGGACAGGAACUGAAAGUGGUACAGUUUGCCAGCCACAGUAGCGAGACCACUUACAAAGUGGGCAAAUUUGACACAGAUCCCUCGGGAUCCGUCGACCCUGCUGUGUUUUACUCCCAACAUCUGCAAAAUAACGCGGAGAAGGCCGGGAAAAUAGACGCCAAGGGGGAUUCUGGGGAAACAGCAAGAUUGGAGGAGAGGCAGAAAGCAGAAGGGGACUCUGAUCUCCUGGAGGAUUCUGGGAAGCCUGAAGAGGCAAACGAGGCAAAGGAUUCUGGGAAUGAAGCCGUCGCAGAGACCGUCCCCCACAAGGAGAGCGAGGCGCAGCCAGGCGCGGAGCUGAAUGGCUCGGGAGCUGCCGGCAGCGUCAUCUCCGUAGGGCCAGAAGUCAAAAAUGGAGUUGCCCCCGAAGAAAAGAAAACAGUAUUUCUUGAUCCGGUGGAUUAUAAACCCCGCGAGAACGUGGCCGACGAGAUCAGCCCAAAUUCGCCGCGUCUUCUAGCGGACAUCUCCAAACCCGACAGGUUGAUCAACGGGGCCCCUCCAGCUUUGGAACAGGAGGAUUCUGGGGGUGAAACCCCAAGGCAUGAUGGGAAAGGACUGGCUAAUGGCUCCUCAGGUGUCCCCAGCCAGGACCAGCCAGGGGAUUCUGGGAAAUGCGAGGCAGACGUAGAGAAGAUCGAUAAGGAAGAGAAGGUGGUUGCCCCUCCCCGGCUCAAACGGCUCGCCUCCCGGGGCAGUGUGGAGCGUCCCCUGCAGCGCGCCCCCUCGGCGGGCAACACAGGUCCCGUACCGCCACCCCGGGCCCACUCCAUCAAGUCCGCCUUUACUCACAUGCGCGACGCAGACCUGGUGAAGAAGCGACGGUCACGAAUGAAGAGCGGGUCCUUCUCGGGGGAGGAGGCGGAAGGAGGCGGGCCGACGGAGGAAUCUAGCCCGCGCCGGAUGGCGG